UUGGUGCGUGUGGUGAAGCAACGACCCACUAGAAAAGAUUAGGUCCUCUUGGAAGAAGCAGUGCAACUUUAGAAAAUCACUAGUGGAGUGCUGAACCGAGUUAGGCAGAUAACAACAAACAGCAUCAGAAAUGCCUUCUCAACCUUACGACUUGGUAAAGGAUGAUCAAGACAUCCGAAUCCCGCUUUAUCCCGAGCAGGCUUUCUACGGCAACGGUCUGUCGUUUCAGGCAAAGCUGAUCGGAUGGCAGGUCGUACCGAGGCCUAGCAAUCGGACGGAAAUUGUUCAGGCCAUGCGAAGGAUACGGUACGAGUGUAAGGUUCAAAACAGCAAGAAGAAGAAGGUCACCGUCAGCAUCUCGGUGGAAGGUGUUCGCGUGUGCCUGAAGCGGAAGAGACGAAAGCAGCACCAGUGGAACGACCCGCUGGAGAUAGAACUGCUCAGCCAUCCCAUCUACCGGAUAUUCUACGUCUCGCACGAUAGCAACGACCUGAAGAUCUUCAGCUACAUCGCACGCGAUGGCAGUAGCGACGUGUUCAAGUGUUGCGUCUUCAAGACGAACAAAAAGUCACAAGCCAUGCGGAUUGUUCGGACCGUUGGCCAAGCAUUCGAAGUGUGCCACAAGCUGACCAUGCAGGACAGCGGAGACAACCUCGGCGACGACCACUCGGAGCUCUCUCCGUGCGACGUCUCCGAGCAGGACCGAUGCUCGGAUCGCAUCAGCGAAGACGAUCAAGACUUCAGCAAGAAAGACCCGGCGAAGGCGGCCUCACACGAAUCACCCCGUUUGACGCGGCCGGACCACUUGGAUCUGGCCAUGCUUCCCUCCGGCUCGCAACCCUCCACCGCCACCAGUUCCAGCAUGCACCGAUCCUCGACAUCUGCGCUACAAUCACAGGAUAAGGAACCGCCCGAAAUGGUCUCGCUGGCCAAGUCCUCCCCGCUGUCUGCAUCGCGCGAGAUGACGAAUCUCCGGGACCAGCUGGACCAGCAGCAGCAGCAAACACGCCAAGUGUUGGCCCAGUUGAUGCUCGUCCGUGAGCAACUAAUCUCGGAAACGAACGCUCGCAUGGAAGCGCAGGCACGUAUCCAGCAGUUGCUACAGCAGAAUCGUGAGCUAUUAGAGCACAUUGCAUCCCUCGGAGGGUACCACGAACCGGACCGGCCAGGACUUUCGGCUACCGCCAUCGGCAUCGCUCCGCAGCUCUCGUCGACGGCAAAGGUGGCUCGCUGGUUCCACACGCUCCAGUGGACGAAUCAAACACAAUCGCUGUCCCGUCCGGAGUCUGGCUUCGUCUCGGGCGAUUCGCGCUCGGAGCGCAACCAGAAAUCGGACGUCGACAUGGUGGACCUGCUAGCCAAAGACCACGCCGGCAGCAACGGGGUGGACCUGUGCGACGAGUACCUGCUCGUCGAGGGCACCAGCAACCUCUGGAGCAAGCUGAGCGUCAAGAAGCGCAAGAAGCUGCUCGGUCUCAAGCUCGGCAAGGUGACCACCUUCUAGCCUCGGCGCCGCUGGCCACCGCCGACCGCGGGGGUGGGGCCAGCCGCUGGUCAUGAGGGCCAACCGUUGGUGCGUCUCAC